UGAAAAGUUUUCUUACCCAUUCGGUUUGGAUCCGCGCUGGUGCAUAUUUUCACGGGAAAAUCGCCCUUCCCAAAGUGAUCGCGGACGGCCAAAGUGGUAUCAUUCGAUAGCCGUCGGUCCGUAGUACAGGUGUGCAGUACUUAGAAGUUGAAAAUUAUUCGCUUUUAUACCAUUUGAGGCGUUUGAAAAAGAACGGUGCAAUUUAGUUCGGUCGAUUGCCGCAGAGCAGCUUGCAUCGAUUGGUGUGGGUUUAUAGGUGUUGCAGGCGGGUAGCGCUACGGAAGAGGGUUUUCUUCCUGACGACCGCACUUAUACUACUAUAUCGACAGUGAACCGAAAGCCGGUGUCUAGUGUGUUGGUUAUAGAAAGUUGGAAGACAGCCAAGUGUAGUGGAGCGUUGAAGGUGUUUUUAAUUUAAAUAGAGAAUUUAAACACACGGCAAACAUGGAUAUGUCUGGUCCUCCCAGGGGUGGCUUUCGGGGCCGCGGAGGUUUUAGCGAUCGUGGACGCGGUGGUUUCGGUGAUCGUGGAAGGUCUGCACCGUUCUACGGAAGCCGCGGUGGCGGGCGCGGUGGACCCGGAAUGGGUCGCAUGAUGGGAGGCCCCCCGAUGAUGCGAAGCCGAGGCAUGAUGCGCGGUGGUCCUCCCCGCGGUAUGGGUGGACCUCCACGCGGUGGUCCACCGAUGUCACGUGGUGGCCCAUAUGGGGGACGACCACCGCUAGGGGCAAGCAGCUACCAGUCGUCAGCUCCUCGCUCCAGCUAUCAACCGUCAGUUACGAACGGAUCCGGUCCGCCGCCGUCUUCGACAACCGAGAAUGGUGGUGGUGAUUUGAAAUCGGCUGAUACUACUACCACCAAGACGGUGUCGACCGUUAGUGGAAGCACGCCCACUUCGACGUCUAACUCGGCCGUACCAUCAACUGUGCCGAAAAGUGGCGCUCCGUCAUCGUCGCAGGUUCCAAGCGCGGAAUCGGGUCGGGUAACACCCCCACAACCGAUUAAAACGGCGGAUUCGAGCAGUAUUUCGCAUUCCAGAGAAUCACAUGAAUCGUCCUAUCAGUCAAGUUCAUCUUACCAUUCAUCGCGGGGCAUGGGAUACAGAGGUCGUAGUAGCUAUCCACCCCGUGGCAUGGGACGUGGUCGCGGAGGAUACGGCGGUGGCUACGAAGGUCCCAGACCAUACCGUGGUAGUUAUGAAGGUGGUAGAGGCCGUGGUCGUGGUAGUUACGGUGGUGGUGGUCCCGGAGGAUACGGCCAGCCAAGCUAUAACAGUGGUUACAAUAGUGGUCCUCCACCAUCGUACGGUCAGAUGGGAGGUUAUCAAGGCGGCUACAACCAAGGGCCACCGCGGCAACAAUUCGACACACGUCAACCAUCCAACACGACCACCGUUACACCGAUCAAACGAGGUGGAAUGCCAGGUGGUCCUCCUGGACCCAAGCGAGGCCGAUAUGAUUCUGGACCACCAAGCCGUUCGAUGCCCCCGAAGAGCAUGCCACCGCAUCAUGGAGCUCCUCCACCGGUCUCGUCCUACAGUGCUGCACCAGCGAGUCACGGAGGUUAUGCGGAACAUGUACACCCAGCCGCCAGUAUGGAUCAGUAUGGAACCCAUGGAACUACCAGCGCCACUGGAUAUGGUUCUACCGGAGCAACACAAACCGGUUACGCCGCCAAUGGUUAUGGUCAAAGCACUUAUGCUGGAACUGCAGUUUCCACAACCGGAUAUGCCACAGGAACGGAGUACGAUACGAGCCACUAUGACUAUAGUACCGGAACUUAUGAUACCCGGUAUCAGACUAGCUACCCUGCGGAUUACAGUCAGUCGUAUGGUACAACCACCGAUUACAGCGCAGUGUCGACCGAAACUUAUCCUACCCAGCAGUACGAUGACCGAUCAGGUUAUGCAGGUUACGCGCACAAUAAUUACGCUCCAGCUGGAUAAACUAUCAGAGCUUAUGGAUAAUGCCGCAAGAAAAAUCAUGCUAUGGAUCGUCGUGUAUAUCGAGACAAUACGGCAAAUUUAAUUCGACCGGCGAGAAGGGUGUAUAAAAAUGUCACUCACACUAAGCAACUUUGGAUGCAGCCGGCUGUCUGCACGUGUUUCGUGUGCCGAAUUGGGGUGCUUUGCCUGUUAUAUCAGCUGGCCUGGCGCACAUCAGCAUGAUGUAGUGAUGCUGCAUAAGUUUCCGCAGAAUCAGGAAGUUGUGGAUUGUUUGCAACUGGAUCGCUGUGUAUGUGAUUCAGCAAGAAUCAAUGUUAGGAAACAGUUGGCUCUUCAGAUCGACGCCGCUUUAGAAUUUUUAAGGUAAACUACUACUAAAUUUGCAGUGAAUUCAUAUUUCAUGUUCAUCUUUACAAAACUAGGUCGUUUUAGAAUAUUUACGUUAAAUUAUCAAAACUUUAAUUUCGGAUAUGUUUUAGAAAUUCGUUUUUUCCCUCUCUGGGGCCACCAUGAUGUUGGUUAUUUUCUUUCUUAUAUAUUUAAAGAAACGUCAAUAGUGAUUUUGCUCGUCUCUUCAAAACUAGGUCGUUUUAGAAUAUUUGUUUUGUUUUUUAAUGACAUUGCAAAUCUCUUCAAAACUAGGUCGUUUUAGAAUAUUUACGUUAAAUUAUUAAACCACUUUAAUUUCGGAUAUGUUUUAGAAAUUCGUUUUUUCCCUCUCUGGAGCCACCAUGAUAUUGGCUAUUUCCUUUCAAAGAAACAUCAAUUGUUGCUCAUCUCUUCAAAACUAGGUCGUUUUAGAAUAUUUGUUUUGUUUUUUAAUGACAUUGCAAAUCUCUUCAAAACUAGGUCGUUUUAGAAUAUUUACGUUAAAUUAUUAAACCACUUUAAUUUCGGAUAUGUUUUAGAAAUUCGUUUUUUCCCUCUCUGGAGCCACCAUGAUAUUGGCUAUUUCCUUUCAAAGAAACAUCAAUUGUUGCUCAUCUCUUUAAAACUAGGUCGUUUUAGAAUAUUUGUUUUGUUUUUUUAAUGACAUUGCAAAUCUCUUCAAAACUAGGUCGUUUUAGAAUAUUUACGUUAAAUUAUUAAACCACUUUAAUUUCGGAUAUGUUUUAGAAAUUCGUUUUUUCCCUCUCUGGGGCCACCAUGAUGUUGAUUUUUUCUUUCUUGUUUAUUUAAAGAAAUAUCAAUAAUGAUUUUGUUCUUCUCUUCAAAACUAGGUCGUUUUAGAAUAUUUGUUUUAUUUUUAAUGACAUUGCAAAUCUCUUCAAAACUAGGUCGUUUUAGAAUAUUUACGUUAAAUUUUAAAACUACUUUAAUUUCGGAUAUUUCUUUUCCUCUUUUACUGAGUGUUCUGUUUUUCGCAUAACACUUGUGCUUCGGUUCUUUACCUAACUUUCGAAAAAGUAUUUAGUCCUGGGGAUUACUAUUAUCUGGUAGCUUUUAGCUACCUUUGACUUUUCGAAGGUAAGGAUUGCUCGCUGUGUAUAAGGUAAGACUAAGAAUGUUCUUUUAUUAAUUCCCAAGGCUUAUUUUAUAUGCGCUGGCAUGUUGCGCGACAUGUUUGUAUUUUUGGUUAUUCUGAGUAAAGCCAAUUGGAGAGAGACAGAAAGGCUACCUAGAAUUGGUCGCUACUCGGGCAGAGGGUGUGUGCCCAUAGAUAGCACUGGACGUAGGGAAAAACGCUUGUAAAGCGAAAGGUUCUAUCAAUAAACCUUAUGGUCCUUGCCAAGUAACUUACUAUCUUGAAUUUCACCAGUUAAUUCUUAGACUCUAAACUAGAGUGGCGAUCUCGACAAUAGGAUGUACAAGCGAGCAAUAUAAAGCAUAUAUCGUGUUCAUAUUGGUGCGCCAUAUAUCCUGUUUCAUCAGACUCGUGCCUAUGUGGUCGAUAAAUACUCCAUCCUGGACGACUCUGACCAACAAUGAAUUUGCCAUACUGAAAACUGCUGCCGCAGUUACCAUAGUUGUGAAUAUAGAACGUGGAGAAAGGCGAAUGAAUGGCCUAAUUACCUCAUUUAAUAUAUUACUUUGUCUCCUUUCUACUUGAGAAAUUCUCACAAUUUCUCGUUUCAUUUUAAUUCGGUGUUCUUUAAAAUUGGGAUUAAAGGGUUCAGGUUCAGAUGCAUGCAUUACACUAUGCUCUGAUUUUUGUCUACUAUUCUUCGAUUCUGGAAUUAAAUCCUCUCCUUCGACGUCUAAAACUACGUCUAGUUUAGCAAUCGUGUGUCUAAACGCUUCCAUUUUGCUUAGGAUCUUAGCCUGUCUAACUACGCCUGCCAUUCCUAAAAUCGCAUAGAAGGAAGUCAAAGAUCGAUCGUUCACAUCCUUCAAUGUUUUAUGGAUUAGUGGUCGCGAACUGACAAACCACUCUGCUUGAAUGAAGGUUGAUCGUAAGACUGCACUUUUAGGUGACCUUUUAGACAUAUCGUCUAUCUUGGCACAGAGCACUUUUUUUAUAGCUAUGCUUAACCUUUCCCAGACGGCUCUAAAAUGUGGAGCUGUUGGAGGGUUGGAAAUUUUAAACUCCGUCGGCUCUCCUCGUUUCACUGUUGAAUUGAGAUAUUGUAGAAACCGCUCUAAAUCUCUUUCGGUCUCAACGAAAUUGGUUUCGUUAUUGCUGCGAAGCUGAGUUACUUUACCUCUACGCCACAUGAAACAUAGGAAGAAGCCAUCGGUACUCAUAUUUCCUCCCAAUUCAAUAUGUUUAUCGCGAGUAAUUAAACAAGUGAAAAUUACUCCCCAUUUAUUUUCUUUGAUAUUUCUACCGUUUUGACCGUUGAAAGGUCCAAAAUAAUCCUUUCCGCUAUACUCAAACAGAAACGCGUUUAAAAUAGUUCUUAUAAACGGGAGAUUAGUCGUCCCUGGAACUGUUAUGUGAAAAGUAUUCACAAUACAAUUUGUAUUCCAAUCUACUUCGCGCUCUCAUGACUCCAGUGUUGAUGUCAAUGAGGGGAUAUACUUUUUUAAAAUAAUCAUUUUUGGUCAAAUAGUGCCUUAUUUGCUUUCUUUCUUCAUCAUUUUGGAUGUCAUAUUUUAGCAUCCUUUUUAUUUCUUUCGCAAAUGCUUCUUUUUGAACAUUGUUAAUAUUUUCGUUUUCUGGGCUGUCGAGAUUUUUAUUAGUAGUAAUUCUUUUGUUUCAGUGUAUAGGCUCCUAGAUUCCUUGAUUAAUUUAUUCAGUGUUUGGUCUGGAAUUAGGUGCUCGUUUUCUAAUAAUUCCUCUUCAAACCCUCUGUAAUAGGUUUGGUUCAGUUCGUAAAAUGUUGAGUAAUGCUUUGGUUAUGUAAGUUGGUUGCGUUGCGUAUAGCACAAUAUUUAAAGAAACAUCAAUAGUGAUUUUGCUCAUCUCUUCAAAACUAGGUCGUUUUAGAAUAUUUACGUCAAAUUAUCAAACCACUUUUAUUUCGGAUGUUUUAGAAAUUCGUUUUUUCCCUCUCUGGAGCCACCAUGAUGUUGAUUUUUUUGUUUCUUGUUUAUUAAAAGAUACAUCAAUAGUGAUUUUGUUAGUCUCUUCAAAACUAGGUCGUUUUAGAAUAUUUGUUUUGUUUUUAAUGACAUUGCAAAUCUCUUCAAAACGUCAAACGUCGAGUGUAUCAAAGUUUUCUACACUAUCAUCAACAUAGUGCUGUUUCUUAAUUACGCGUACAGCAUCUGGAAACUGCUGUUCGAAACAUCUCAGCGUUUGUAUUUUUUACAGCUUGCGCGCACGAUGGUGAGCAAGUUGAUCCAAACGUCAUUACUUGCAUGACGCAUAUUUCCGGCGCUUUAGUAUAGUCGCAAUCGCGCCAAAGAAAUCUUUGAGCGUUUUGGUCCUCAGCUCUAAUUCUUACCUGGUGAAACAUUUCCUUAAUAUCACCCGUUAUUGCAAUUUUUCCUUCUCUGAAUCGCAAUAAUAUACCGAAAAGAGAGGUAGUUGCAUCCGGUCCAGAAAGAAGGGCGGAGUUGAGAGAUACUCCUAGAACUUUAGCUGCUGCGUCAAAUACAAGUUGAGCAUAUUUCGAGAUAUUUUGGCGUGGGGUUUAAUACCAUUCAUUAAAAUCCGAAAGUUUUGGCACUCCGGUGUUUUGCGUUAAUACUUCUGCCCAUUUCAUUUGUAAAUUAAAUGGCAGCUUCUUCACCAAGUCUUCGACGAGGCGGUGGCCGUGAAGGUAUUCAUAUUGUUGAAUUAUCUGAAUAUUUGUUACUAAGUUGUCCAGGGCGUCAGAUAAUUCGGCAACUGCUGCUCUGUUCUCUCUUUUGAUUUUCGACAGCUCGCCUAGCAGUUGGUCAUAAAUUAAUUAUGGAUUUCCGAAGUUUUCUUCCAAUCGUUCCAUUAUCUUCGGAACUUUAUCUGGUUCCGACAUUGGUGAUUGGCUACUCUUUUUGCAGCGUUACCCUCCAACACUUGUUGGAGUGUGCUCAUGUUUUCGAGAUUGCUGAAUGGACCUUCUCGUGUGGUUUCAUCGAAGAUUUUCUUAAACUUCGGCCACUCUUUUGACGAUCCAUUGAAUUUAGGUAGCGCUAAAAGUGCUUGCCUUUUCAGAUAUAUUGUCCAAUCUGGGGUUUGACGGACGUUAUCUUCCUCGCCGUCCCAAUCUGAUGCUUCUUCCUUGGGUUCUGUUUGUCUCUCUGCUAGUGUUAGUGGUGUUGUCGUCUUUUCCAUCAACGAUUUUAUGGCCUUAGUUAAAUCUGCCAAUAUUUUGUCGUGCGUCAUUGGCCUAUCGCUAACAUUUUCAUUAGCGGCGUGGUUCUUUAGUUGAAGAUUUUAGGAUAUGUUUUAGAAAUUCGUUUUUCCCUCUCUGGGGCCAUCAUGAUGUUGGUUUUUUCUUUAUUGUCUAUUUAAAGAAAUAUCAAUAGUGAUUUUGUUCGUCUCUUCAAAACUAGGUCGUUUUAGAAUAUUUACGUUAAAUUAUCAAACCACUUUAAUUUCGGAUAUGUUUUAAAAAUUCGUUUUUUGUUCCUCUCUGGAGCCACCAUUACGUUGUACCAUGUCAGCAUUGCCAACCAACGUUUUAAGUAUGAGUUCUUUUCAACUUAUUUGCUAUAGAAACAUUUGCAUGGGAAUCAACCACUGAAAUUUCAAUAAUUUCAAUAACUUCUACAUUUGCGGUACAGAUCCGCAGCCGCAAGCAUAACAAAGCAUUCACAUUGGUAAAUGUUUUGCAUUCUAUCGAGUCUUAGCGGGUGAAUAUCACACUGCUCAUCAACUUGUACUAACCCAGUGAAUCUAGUGGAAAAAUGAGUCGGCAUUUUGGCUCCAGCUGGAAUUCCCGCUGGACUUGCUAGGUAAAGUUUAGCUUUCUAUCGUGUGAUAAGAAAGAGCGCUCCUAGGCAUUUUAUAGCCUUUUUUCGCGUGUCAUCUUGGGCCCU